GUUGUCCAUGCCCAGGCAGGUGUCACUCAUCCCGGGUUAUGACAAUGACUCUGUACCCAUCACACUUAAUGGUUGUCUCAGCACUUCCAGGGGCCUGGGGCAAGUUGUCCAUGCCCAGGCAGGUGUCACUCACCCCGGCUUAUGACACUGUCACUGUACCUUCACACUUACCGGUUCUUUAAGCACCUCCAGUGGCCUGGGGCAUGUUGUCAAUCCGGUGACAGACACCUUCCUCGGCUACAGUCACUGAAUCAAACACCAUAUAACAACAAAUCAUCCAGACUGCAUUGACUUAGUCAUUAUUUGCCACUUUUGGAUCAUACUUCCAGGCCCUUUGGGCUAUUUUUCAUGCCCAAAUAGGUGUUUCACAGCUCGAAUAAGGUCAUUUACACUGUCUCCCCAUUGAAAUCAAUUGAAACUGACCCUUUCCCCCAUGGACAUCAAUUAAAUCAGCACAAACAUUUUCAGCAUCACUAUUUUGACAUCCAGGAGGUACAUGAAGCCAAUUCAUGCCCACCAAGGCUCACCCUCUCGGCUUCAGACGAUUCGGCAGAGGGCCUGGUUCUUACACCCUCUCCCGAAAAAUACUUAGUCGUUUUUUCAACAAAAAAUUUUUCUGCAUCACUUUUUGGACCUCCAGGCACUACAUAGAGCUGAUUUAUGCCCACCAAGGCGCACCCUCUCGGCCUCAGCCGGUUGGGCGGAGGGCCUGGUUCUUACACCCUCUCCCGAAAAAUACUUAGUCGUUUUUUCAACAAAAAAUUUUUUGCAUCACUUUUUGGACCUCCAGGCACUACAUAGAGCUGAUUUAUGCCCACCAAGGCUCACCCUCUCGGCCUCAGCCGGUUCGGCAGAGGGCCUGGUUCUUACACCCUCUCCCGAAAAUUACUUUGUCAUUUUUUCACACUUUUUGAUCAUUCCUCCAGGCCCUUUGUGUUAUGUAUCAUGCCCGCAGGUGUCACACACCUCGGCUAAUGACACUGACACUGUCCCCAUCACACUUACUGGUUCUUAGUGCACCUCCAGGGGCCUGGGGCAAGUUGUCCAUGCCCAGGCAGGUGUCACUCAUCCCGGCUUAUGACAAUGACUUUGUACCCAUCACACUUAAUGGUUCUUUAAGCACUUCCAGGGGCCUGGGGGCAAGUUGUCCAUGCCCAGGCAGGUGUCACUCACCCCGGCUUAAUACACUGACACUCUACCCAUCAUACUUACCUGUGGUAUCAGCACAUCCAGGGGCCUGGGGCAAGUUGUCCAUGCCCAGGCAGGUGUCACUCACCCCGGCUUAAUACACUGACACUCUACCCUUCAUACUUACCUGUUGUAUCAGCACCUCCAGGGGCCUGGGGCAAGUUGUCCAUGCCCAGGCAGGUGUCACUCACCCCGGCUUAAUACACUGACACUCUACCCUUCAUACUUACCUGUUGUAUCAGCACCUCCAGGGGCCUGGGGCAAGUUGUCCAUGCCCAGGCAGGUGUCACUCACCCCGGCUUAAUACACUGACACUCUACCCAUCAUACUUACCUGUGGUAUCAGCACAUCCAGGGGCCUGGGGCAAGUUGUCCAUGCCCAGGCAGGUGUCACUCACCCCGGCUUAAUACACUGACACUCUACCCUUCAUACUUACCUGUUGUAUCAGCACCUCCAGGGGCCUGGGGCAAGUUGUCCAUGCCCAGGCAGGUGUCACUCACCCCGGCUUAAUACACUGACACUCUACCCAUCAUACUUACCUGUGGUAUCAGCACAUCCAGGGGCCUGGGGCAUGUUGUCCAUGCCCAGGCAGGUGUCACUCUCCCCGGCUUAAUACACUGACACUCUGCCCAUCACACUUACCGGUUCUUUAAGCACCUCCAGGGGCCUGGGGCAAGUUGUCCAUGCCCAGGCAGGUGUCACUCACCCCGGCUUAAUACACUGACACUCUACCCUUCAUACUUACCUGUUGUAUCAGCACCUCCAGGGGCCUGGGGCAAGUUGUCCAUGCCCAGGCAGGUGUCACUCACCCCGGCUUAAUACACUGACACUCUACCCAUCAUACUUACCUGUGGUAUCAGCACAUCCAGGGGCCUGGGGCAAGUUGUCCAUGCCCAGGCAGGUGUCACUCACCCCGGCUUAAUACACUGACACUCUACCCUUCAUACUUACCUGUUGUAUCAGCACCUCCAGGGGCCUGGGGCAAGUUGUCCAUGCCCAGGCAGGUGUCACUCACCCCGGCUUAAUACACUGACACUCUACCCAUCAUACUUACCUGUGGUAUCAGCACAUCCAGGGGCCUGGGGCAUGUUGUCCAUGCCCAGGCAGGUGUCACUCUCCCCGGCUUAAUACACUGACACUCUGCCCAUCACACUUACCGGUUCUUUAAGCACCUCCAGGGGCCUGGGGCAAGUUGUCCAUGCCCAGGCAGGUGUCACUCUCCCCGGCUUAAUACACUGACACUCUGCCCAUCACACUUACCGGUUCUUUAAGCACCUCCAGGGGCCUGGGGCAAGUUGUCCAUGCCCAGGCAGGUGUCACUCUCCCCGGCUUAAUACACUGACACUCUGCCCAUCACACUUACCGGUUCUUUAAGCACCUCCAGGGGCCUGGGGCAUGUUGUCCAUGCCCAGGCAGGUGUCACUCACCCUGGCUUAAUACACUGACACACUACCCUUCAUACUUACCUGUUGUAUCAGCACAUCCAGGGGCCUGGGGGCAAGUUGACCAUGCCCAGGCAGGUGUCACACACCCCGGCUUAUGACACUGUCACUGUCCCCGUCACACUUACCUGCUGUUGAAGCACCUUCGAACUCUCCAGCCCAGGUGGCCCGUGGUCCGGAGAUAGGAUCCCGUGAAAAACCGAUUCUUCCGCCGGCCAUAUCUCCCGAAAGGGACCACCUACGGGCUCGGGGUUGGUCUCGUUGGAAAGUCCGCAGCAAGACCUUUCCAACGAGCCCGGCCACACGUUCCUGGGUGGUUCCUUCCCGGAUACAGCGGCUCUGGACCGCCCGACGUCCCACGGACGUUUCUCCCGGACCGGACACAGCACAGACUCCGGGUUGGUCGCGUUCGAACCGGCCUUCUGAGUCCUUUCAGACGAGCCAACCCCCACCUCCCUACUCCGUUGUCGCGCGGAGCGGCGGCCGCUCCAGCCUUCAGGUGGACGUGACGGAUUACGUUUGGGGCUCUACCUCCCGAACCGGACCGACCCCGGACCCCGUUACAGGCUCAUCCGACGCGGCUCGAAGGGACCCUUCGAUUGAGCCCUGGACCGUCUCUGUAGUCCUCCGGGUCUCAGAGAUACGGGCCUUGGAUUACACCCUCUCCGGAAAACGACUCUUUCGACGGCCGUAUCUCCGGAACGGAGAGGCCCCGGGACACCAAAUUCGGGGCCCUUACACAUCUCGACGAGCCCUUUCCAACGACACCGGCCCCGACCCUCUAGCCCCUCGGGGGCCCGAGAUAGCAUUUUGCACAUUUGAGCCUCUAGCUCCAGAACCGGAAGUGCCACCGGGUAGAGACCGGCCUCAUUCGAAAGGCACGCCCGAGACCUUUCCAACGAGCCCGGCCUCGUCUCUCUAGCCCACCGGGUCCCCGAGAUAUCGUACGACGCGACCUCCGCGUCCAAAGGGCUGUCGCCCGUGUCAACAUGGCCGUCCAAGUUGGCCGCAAUUAAACAUUGUUUCAACGGCGUAUA